GGCCGGCAGUGUGGUGAUGGCCUUCGAGGAGGUGUGCCCAGAUCGCAUCGAUCUGAUCCACAAGAACUACAGGAAGCUGUGUAACCUGCUGGUGGAUGUGGAGGAGUGGGGCCAGGUGGUCAUCAUCUCCAUGCUGACACGAUACGCCAGGACGCAGUUCACCAGCCCCUGGAAGGAGGGUGCCAUGUUCGAUGAGAAUAACGAAAAAGCAUUUUAUGACUCCGACUCGGAGGAGAAAAAAGGCCAGAUGGAGGAGAAGCCUUACAUCAUGGAUCCAGAUCACAGACUGCUGCUCAGGAACACCAAGCCUCUGCUGCAGAGCAGGAACACUGCUGUGGUGAUGUCUGUUGCUCAGCUUUACUGGCAUCUGGCUCCUAAGCAUGAAGUCAGUAUUGUCACCAAGUCACUGGUUCGACUACUGAGAAGCCACAGAGAGGUGCAGUACAUUGUGCUUCAGAACAUCGCCACUAUGUCCAUUCAGAGGAAGGGGAUGUUCGAGCCCUUCAUGAAGAGUUUCUAUGUGAGAUCCACCGAUGCUACACACAUCAAAACGCUGAAGUUGGAGAUCCUGACCAAUCUGGCCAAUGAAGCCAACAUCUCCACUAUUUUGAGGGAAUUUCAGACCUACGUAAAGAGUCAGGACAAGGCAUUUGCAGCAGCUACCAUUCAGGCCAUCGGCAGGUGUGCUACCAACAUCUCAGAGGUGACAGACACGUGUCUCAGCGGUCUGGUGCUGCUGCUUUCAAACAGAGACGAGACUGUGGUGGCUGAGAGCGUGGUGGUCAUCAAGAAGUUGCUUCAAACUCAGCCCACCCAGCACAGCGAGAUCAUCAAACACAUGGCCAAGCUCUUCGACAACAUCACUGUUCCCAUGGCCCGAGCCAGCAUCCUGUGGCUGAUUGGAGAGUACUGUGAGAGGGUGCCAAAGAUUGCACCUGAUGUCCUCCGCAAGAUGGCAAAGACUUUCACAGCAGAGGAGGACAUCGUCAAGCUGCAGACAGUCAAUCUGGCAGCCAAACUCUACCUGACCAACUCUAAGCAGACCAAGCUGCUGACCCAGUACAUCCUGAAUCUCGGAAAAUACGACCAGAACUACGACAUCAGAGACCGAACACGCUUCAUAAGACAGCUGAUAGUGCCCAGCGAAAAGAGCGGCGCCCUCAACAAGUAUGCUCGGCGCAUCUUACUCGCCCCCAAACCAGCUCCAGUGCUUGAGUCUGCAUUCAAAGAUCGAGACCGUUUCCAACUGGGCACUCUGUCCCACAGUCUCAACAUCAAAGCUACUGGGUACCAUGAGCUGUCAGACUGGCCAGCUGUCGCUCCUGACCAGUCUGUGAGGAACGUGGAGGUCAUUGAACCAGUGAAAGAGUGGGCACCGAAGGUUGGGAAGGCCAAGCAAUCCAAAUCUGACGACAAGUUCUACUCGGAUGACGAAGAUGAGAAAGAGGAGGAAGGAUCUGAGAGCAGCGGCAGCGAAGACAGCAGCAGCAGCAGCAGCGGCAGCAGCAGUGAAGAGUCAGGCAGUGACAGUGAGGAGGAAAGCAGUGAGUCUGAGAAGACCUCCAGUGAUUCUGGAAAGAGUUCCAGCGGGUCCGAAAAAAGCUCCAGUGAAUCCGAAUUGGAACAAAAAAAGAAGAAAAAGACCAAGAAGGCGCCGCAGAAGAAAAGCAAGCCAACUGCUGCUGACAGCGACUCAGAUGAAAAUGGUAACGGACCUGUAGCCCAGGCCAGCAGCUCAUCAGCUGAAAGCUCCUCUGGCUCAGAGACGGACUCUGAGGACGACUCCGACUCCGACUCACCUGCACCACAGAAGAAGACUGAUACAAAGACCAAACCUAAGGUGGCAGUGAAGUCCAGGAAGGAAGUGUCUUUAUUGGAUCUCGAUGACUUUUCUCCUGCACCUACAAACACACCAAAGUCUUCGGUCUUCUCUCCCAGCCUGCUGUCCGACCUUGAAGGCCUCUCUCUCUCCAGCAUCUCCCCCACCAUGCAGGUCACCACUCCAUCUUUCGGUCCCGUGAAAACCUAUGAGCUGCUUCACCAUAUGACAGGAAAAGGCCUGUCAGCCAAGUACCAUUUCCCCAGGCAGCCAUGUUUAUACCAGCCCAGCAUGGUUGCAGUGCAGGUUAUACUGACCAACAACUCGGACCACAGCCUGGAGGAGAUCCAUAUAGGAGACCGGAGCCCGGCAAGCCUGAACAUCCACUGCUUCAACACCAUUGAGCGGUUGGAGCAAGAGACCUCGGUGACGGUAUCCAUGGGUAUUGACUUCAGCGACUCGACACAAGCAGCCAACUUCCAGUUGUGCACCAAGGAGGACCAGUUUAGUGUGUCCAUCCAGCCUGCUGUAGGAGAGCUGUUAAUGCCGAGUAGCAUGACGGAGCAGGACUUCUGCAAGGAGCAAGGAAAGCUCCAGGGUAUGAAUGAGACCUCUGCAACCAUCACCAUGGCAACAGCUAACGCGUCCAGCCCGGCCAUCAGCAAGCAGGUUCUGUCUGUGGCCAACGUAGGAGUGGUUUCAUCCAGCCAGAACGACUUCAGCAGGUUUGCUGGGCGGACAGUCAGCAGCGGAGCUCUGGUCCUGGUGUCGCUGGAGCGGAAGGAGUCCUCCACUGCCCUGCUCACCAUCAACACAGAGAAGAGCGUCAUGGCCUCCAUGUUGCUCCGAGACCUCAAACAAGCCCUCGCCCAGGCAUAAAACCCUGCCCUCCCUCCUGUAGUAAAGAUACAGGUGAACUACACUUAGGUAAACAUGUCAUGUAUUUUAUUUCCAUGGUUUGGGACAGUUCUUUUACACGUGAUAUCCAAAAUCCAUAAGCUCAAGAAACAUCGCUUGAUAACUGGAAGCAAUGGAGGAGCCCUCACUCAGCGUUUCUUGUUUUUAUGGUCUGUGGCUUUGGAAUAGAAUUGUCCUGAACCAUGGGAAUAACUUUGUGAAAGUCUUCACUGACGUGGUGAUCCCCUCUCAAACAGUCAGAAGGCAUCACAGAAGUUCUAGUACAUAUUUAAAGGUCUCAUUGUGUUUAGAAAUGUCCCACCUCCUUCCCCUGAACCAAACACUACUCCUUCACACAGAUAUCAGACUAACUGGCCUUGGCAAUGACGACUUGAAUUUCAUGCCGUUUCAUUCUGAUCAGGCAUGAUCAUGUACAAAUAGCUGUGCGUACAUUUUGGGAGAACGAGUACAUCGCUGCUCAGCACACGGUGCCAAUACCUCUGUUCCUCUGCAGUGUUUCUUUUUGGCCGAGAUUACUGGAAAAGAAGGAUUUGUCCAUAUUAUUUCAAACCCUCUACGCACCGUUUAGAAGCAUUUGUGACACCAAACACAGAUGUAUUUUCACAUUCCAACCUUUAAACUGCUCCAAACCACAGUGAAGUGCCUUUUACACAAGAAUAAUAGAAAACCAAUCAUCGAAUCAAAAAAGGUGUUUUUAUCUGUAUCGCUAUUUCUGAACAAUAAAAAUGUGACUUUAUUACUACA